AUACGCACUUCAUUUUCUCUACACUAAACCUAAAAAAUAGUACUAAUACAAAACAUAAAUUCUCUGCUCCGUUAUGGAUUCAAAGAGAUACUUAGUUACUCUCUUUUUAUUCUUUAACAUUCUUUUCUUUACCCUUGUAAGUGGCUGCUGGAGUGGCUGCAAUAAUCCACCAACUCCAAAACCAAAUCCGAACCCAAACCCAAAUCCUAACCCUAGCCCAUCAAAGGGACACUGCCCUAGAGAUGCCCUAAAACUAGGUGUUUGUGCCAAGGUGCUGAACGGACCCGUCGGAGCCGUCAUCGGAACCCCACCGGACAUGCCUUGUUGUUCCGUACUAGGUGGACUUUUGGAUCUUGAAGCUGCAGUUUGCCUUUGCACUGCACUGAAAGCCAACAUUCUUGGAAUCAACAUUGAUAUUCCCAUUGCACUAAGCUUGCUUAUCAAUACUUGUGGGAAAAGUCUGCCAUCUGACUUCACUUGUGCCUAAGCUAUAAUGCUUCUCUUUGAGUCGCCACGAAUAAGUUUUAGUGACAGGACUAUUCUUAAGAGUCGCCGCGAAUAAGUUUUAUGUCAGGACUAUUCUUAAUGACCAUUAGGUUGGCACAAAAAAAAAUUUGUGAUGACUUCUUUAUUUUCUGUGGUGACUAAAGUCUCAUUGCUUGUAUGUUUGAUUAAGUAUUUCCCUUUGUUGUUGUAGCAUUAGAGGAAUUUAUUUUUCCAUUUUAGUUUGUUGAAGUUCAUGUUGUAUUUUAGUUCUUUGUUGUUAGGACUUAGGAACGAGCACUUGAUAACUCGUACGAAGGGAUUGUUCUUCCAUCUCCUUUGUACUUCACUAGUGCUUUCUCUAUUGAUUUGAUGAAUUUCUAAUUCACAAGUGGCUUCUACUUCUCCUUUA